AUGAAGGGACCAUUGCGUUACAAAACCUGUACUGCCUUGGAGAAGUACGAAGUAUGCCAGCCAUGUGACUCAACUAUCGGAAUAAUUCACGAUAUUCAAUCACGUGGUACCUGCUCAUAUCUACAGUACCACAUCUAUUAUGAUAAUUAUGAUAACUUCAAAAUGGUUGGAAAACUCGCAUACUAUCUUCUUGCCAUAGGCAUUCUCCAGUAUUGUCUAAUUCCUGUUGACACAAAUCCAGCAAUUGCUACAAGUUAUGAACCUCUCGAAAUAUGUAUGGAAAACUGCGCUCUGUGCAGAAAGAUGCUUGGAACGUGGUUUAAUGGACAACUUUGCGGGGAAUCCUGCUAUAAAUACAGGGGGAAACUCAUACCUGAAUGUGAAGACUUCGCUUCCAUUUCCCCAUUCCUCAACAAGCUAUAA